GGGGACGUCGUCUGGGCGGGCCCGUCCGAGCUGCCUUAUCCCCUCACAGGGGACUCUCGGCGUCCGGCUGACGUGUCGCCCAGACCUGAUGUGUGCCCCAGCUCCUGGUCUGUCUUGGAGAAAGUUCCAUGUGCGCUGGAGGAGAGUAUGUCUUUGGCUUUUGUGGGAUGAGAGCCUUCCACUUACCUACUGAGCCCAGUUCUUCCACUUCUCAGGGCCGGAGCCGGCUGCCCCCUGCUGCCGAGGACGGCCGUGCCGGGACCAGGCAUGAGGACCUGCCCCCCACAGGGUCACAGGACACGCGGCCCCUUGGGAGCUGUCCCGGCGCCCUGCGCCGUCUCCAGGCUGACGCGGCGUGGAGCUCGGGCCUCAGCCAGGGCUCGCCGGACGCGAGGAUGCUGACGCCCCCCGCCGCGCUGACGCCCCCCGCGGCCGUCCCGCAGCCCGCCGAGGAGCCGGGCGGCCCCGGGAGCGGGUCCCGCGCCGUGCGGAGGCCCGUGGUCUGCCUGCCCAGCGGCGCGCGGACGGCGCGGCCGUGGCCCCCCGAGACGACGCCGGACAGCGGCCCCCCGCGAGGCUUCGCGUCCAUCACCAUCACGGCCAGGCGCGUGGACACGCCGGGCGGCUCCGCGCCGUGGGGGGCCGCUGGGGAGCCGGCCCCGCGCGCGCCCGCAGAGGGGGGCGCAGACGCCCCCAGAAGCCGCGCCGCGGGCCGGCCGGGCCCCGGGGGGCGCUGGGAGCGCCGGACCCCGCGCGGGGACCACCGGGACGACGGCUGCUCGCUGGUGGGCCCGCUGGUGUUCAGCUCCUGCGUCCACAUCAGGGUGUCCCGGCAGGGGCCCGGCUCCGUGUUCCGGCUGGACGCGCCCCUGCCCGCGCCCCUGCCCGCGCCCCGCGGGGCCAGCCCCCCGCCCCGCUCCGUCCUGUCGCUCAGCCUCAGCUGCAGUUCCCCGAGCCCGGCGCCAGGUGGCGGCGGCGGCCCGGCCAACGGAGGGUCCAAGAGCCGCGCCCCGCCCGGGGCCCCGCGCUGGCCCCCAGGUCUGCGGCAGACUUGGCUGCAGGAGAACCCACGCUCGGACCAGGGGCCGCGGGGGACCGGCUCGUGUCCUUGGCGGUGCUGCCUGGCGCACGCGGACGCCGCGGACGCCCGGACCAGCCUCGCCGCUGGUGGAGCAGAGGCCGCAGGGAAGGCCGCGCGCUGUCCACCCCGCCAGCUGGCCAUCCACAUCCCCGGCUGGAGCUACGCGGCAGUCGAAACAAAGGUACUUUCUGGAAGCAACGAGAAAGAGCCGGCAAACGCUCAGGAUGUGCCGCCUGCCGCCCCCGCGGCCCAGGCCCGGGAGACGGGGGGGCGUCUCCCCGGGGGCUCUGGAGCGCCAAGCAACAGGGGUCAGGCCCGCUGCCCCCCGGGGCCUGCCGGGAGCCAGGGCCACGGCCUCACGCGGCCCAGAGCCCCUUCACCCGGCCGCCUUUGCCCUUCGCGAGGGGCGUGCCCGGCCCCCCUGGAAGACCCCGGUGUUGAGGUAGAAAGAGCGCCCCCCGGAGGAGACUACACCUGCUGCGACCUGGUGGUGCAGAUAAAGGGGUGCGAGAGGAGUCGGGGCGCCCCCAGCCCCGAGCCCACGGCACCGCCCCCGGAGCCAGAGGCGCCCCAGCAGGCCGGAGCCCCCGAGAGCCAGCACAGGGCCCCGGGCGCCCUGACCCUGCAGGAGGCGCUGCUCGCCCGGUGCCCGCAGUUCGUCUCCCGCUCGCAGGAGCGGCUGAGGAGGCUGGAGCACAGGGCGCGGCAGAGGAAGGCCCAGCAGGAGACGGCGCAGAAGCCGGCCCCCCGGCCCCUGGCGCAGAGGAAGCCCGUCACCGUGCCCCAUCCCCUCAGCGGAUCUAUAAUAACCUGCCGGAAGUGCGGAAGAAGAAGGAAGAGCAGAAGAAACGGGUCGUCCUGCAGAACAACAGGCUCCGGGCCAACGUCUUCAAAAAGCAACUGCUGGACCAGCUCCUUCAGAGGACGGCCGUCUAGCCGGGGCCCGGCCCUGCCUGGACCCUCGACGCCGGAUAAGCCACUACACCUCACUUCCUCCCGCGGCUUCUCUCACUACAGACGGCUCCUUUGUCUAAGGGGAAGCACGGCCUCGAGCAGCGCCAGCCCCACCCCAGCAGGAGAGAUAACCCCACGGGGCCUCUCCAUGAGGGCCCCCUCUCCUCCCGGUUGCUGUUAACUCAUGCCUUUGACCCUGUGCUCUGGAAGGGGGGCGCAAAUCCAGGCCGAACUCCCUCCCCGAGACACCAGUCCCCAGCGCCCGCCUCGUCUGCAGACCCCGGUCCAGCACCUGGAGCCCCCAGGGGAGGGAAACUCGUUUCCCGAGAUGGCAGCAGCUGGCCGUGGACAGAGUGGGCAGAGCACUUUGGACACGGAGAGGAGACCCGAGGGACCCCAGUGGCGCCCCCUCUGACAGCCCCUUCCUCGUCCCAUGUCAUUUCCACGGGAGGACCGAGACAGAAGAAGCUGGAAAAGUGGUGACUUCUCCCCGCAGCGCUUUGAGGCCCCAAUUUCUACCCCCGAAUUGGUUUUAUUAAAAGGAGCCGGAGGGUC